GAGAGGAGAGGUAGAACAGGCACACCAGUAGGUGGGAAAAAUGGAGGGAUGGAUGAAAAGCAAGACUGGAAGAGAGUGAUAAUGGAAAAUGGUUGGUGUGUCGGUUGUGUUGUAUUUGGAGUGGAACAGUGAGAGAUGAGAGAGAGAGGAGGGGAUAAACAGAGCAAUGGAGGGAGGAGCAGAGCGAUGAUUCCUCUCUAAUCCUCUGGACACGCACGAGCCGGGUGCCUGCAGACAGACCGAGAGUGUAAGAGAGUGAGUAGGCAGGUGGAGACGGAGAGAGUGUGAAGUCAAACUGUGAGGGGAGCAAGAUGAAGGCAGAGGGAGGGAGGAGAAGAAGAAGAGCUAUUAUUCCUCUAGCACGCUGAGAGAAACCAGUGGGGAGCCUUCCUUACGAGCAGAAGCGAAGCAGCAAUUCACUCUCGCUCUCUGCCAGAGUGAGAGAGGGGGAGAGCGAGCGAGUAAACGAGAGAGAGAGAGAGGUACACUACUCUGCUGACAGUGUGAACAGAACGAGGAGAGAUGAGAGAGGGAGGGUGAAGCAGAAAACUAGACAAUGUGGAGGGAGAGCGGUAGGUAGCAGCUUGUUCAGGAGAGGUGGAGAGAGAGGCAGAGAAGCACAAGACUAGCCACAGGGAAGGAGAGAGAGAGGACGGAGGAGAGACAGUGGAGGGAGUGAAGAGGAGGAUGAGGGAGGAGUGGAGAGAGAAGACAGACGCUGAUCUUUGACUGUUGAGGACAAUGUGCGAGCGUGUGAGCGUGAGGUGUGCUUGUGAGACUGGGUGCGAUGGAUCACUGUUCCUGCACACUGUAAGUCUCAGUGCAUGGCAGGGCGUUUAGAGUGUGUGAGUCUGGUUUCAUUGUGUUUUACCAGACACAGCACAGUGGCUGAGGGAUUACGACAGCUGGGGAGAUAGUGUGAGGCUCUUCUAUGUGUGUUGUGGUAGCGAGCAGGUGUGUGUAUGUGUGUGUGUGUGUGAAAGCAGCAGGGCAGCUGGAGACAGAGAUAGGUAGAAAGGCCAGGUACACCUAGAGGGCAGGAUCGCAGAGAGAGAGAACCCACGUGAGAACAGAACAAGUGAAACAGGGACACCAACUCUGCCACCAGAUACAGUGCUUGUACGUACGUACGUGCGCGCGCGUCUGCACGGCGGCACACAGAGAACCGGCACACAGAGAACCGGCACCGGUCCAGUCAUCUCAGGUCAGCGCGGUGGGGGUGGAGCCAGGGUCCAUGGAUAUCCACCAGGCAGCCAUGGGGGCCCAGUGAGCUGUAGUAGAGGACGCCCUCUGCCCCCAGUCCCACCCAGCAGCAGCACUCUCGCUUCCCCUCCGGUGGGUAGACGAAGGUGAGCCUAGGGCACCUCGAAGCACCGAAGGAGGGCCUACAGCGGGUUUCCUGUGCCCAGAGGAGGAACCACGGCCAUCAUGGGGGAGUGGACCAUCCUGGAGCGCCUCCUGGAGGCUGCCGUCCAGCAGCAUUCCACCAUGAUCGGAAGGAUUCUUCUGACUGUGGUGGUGAUCUUUCGGAUCCUGAUCGUGGCCAUCGUUGGCGAGACGGUGUACGAGGACGAGCAGACCAUGUUCAUCUGCAACACCCUGCAGCCGGGCUGCAACCAGGCCUGCUACGACAAGGCCUUCCCCAUCUCCCACAUCCGCUACUGGGUCUUCCAGAUCAUUCUGGUGUGUACGCCCAGCCUGUGCUUCAUCACCUACUCUGUGCACCAGUCGGCCAAGCAGCGUGACAGACGCUACUCCUUCCUCUACCCACUGAUGGAGCGUUCGGAUUACGGGCAAAGUGGCACCAGGAAGGUUCGUAACAUCAACGGUAUCCUGGUGCACCACGGCGACGGUGGCGGGAAGGACGAGCAUGACUGCAUGGAGGUGAAGGAGAUCCCCAACGCGCCGCGGGGGCUCACACACGGCAAGAAGUCCAAGCAGCGCCAGCAGGAGGGCAUCUCGCGCUUCUACAUUAUCCAGGUGGUGUUCCGUAACGCACUGGAGAUCGGCUUUCUGGUGGGACAGUACUUCCUAUACGGCUUCAGCGUGCCGGGCAUCCUCGAGUGCGACCGCUACCCCUGCGUGAAGGAGGUGGAGUGCUACGUGUCGCGGCCCACCGAGAAGACGGUCUUCCUGGUCUUCAUGUUCGCCGUGAGCGGCAUCUGCGUGCUGCUCAACCUGGCAGAGCUCAACCAUCUGGGCUGGAAGAAGAUCAAGGCAGCCAUCCGGGGCGUGCAGGCCCGCCGGAAGUCCAUCUGCGAGAUCCGCAAGAAGGACAUGACCCACAUGUCGCAGCCCCCCAACAUGGGCAGGACCCAGUCCAGCGAAUCCGCCUACGUCUGAUGGAGACAGGGCUAUACGCUGGGUAAGUGAGGGGCAGGGUAGGGAACGAGUGGGACGACCACUCCAUUCCACUCUCUCUUUUUACAGUUUUAAUGGAAAGAGGAGGAGGAGGACGGUGAAAAAAAGCUGCCAAGGAAUAUUUGCUGUAUUUUUUAAAUUUAUUAUGAGACCAGCUGCACCUGUUCUUGUCAUACCUUGUCAUGUGUAUGAUUUUUUUUUAUUGGGACGUUCCCAAAGUGCUGUACGGAAGUCUUUAAGGAGAGGCUUCUGGCUGUUGUAGGGUUUCCGGGCCAGGGGCGGUGGGGUGGAGAAGGGGACCGAAGGGUAGGCUAUGUCAUGAUGCUGUUCUGGCUUAUGUCAUCCAUGAUGAAGAGAGUAGGAGGGGUGGUUAACUGAGAAGGAGCGGAAGAGCUGUCGCAAUGAUGAUCCGACUCUCCACAAGCAGCACACACGGUGUCGACUUUCUAUCCCCUCUUUGCUGGUGUGGAGAGAGAAUGAUGUUCCUCUCAAGCUGGUCUCCAAAGAUUACGAUGACAGAGAGAGCCAGUGUUCGGGACUCCUGGAGCUGGUGCCAGAAGAAACUGCUGUUUACAUUUUGUCUCCUGGCAAACAAUUAUUAACACAAACACCAUGAAGGAAUACUGAAAAAAAAAAUUCUCUACUUCUCCACUGCUGGCACCUGCACCAUUGAGACUGAGGGUGGAUGACAGUAAUGUCUUCUCCUCUUCUCCUCGGUGUAAACUUUAGAGAUAAACCCAAGGAGGUCACGAAUAAAUGAUACCUCCACAGUCACAAACCGUUCCCCUCCACACCAACACCCCCACCAACAUCUCUCCAGCAUUCCAAUGUGUUGCGUGUGUUUGUGACUGACUGAAAUAAAGAUAAAAAUAAAAGGGAAUAGGGAGAGAAAUAGGGAAUAAGAGAGAGUAAGAGAGGAACCUUCUCCUUGCAAUCUAUGUGGAGAAGAACCAGAUCAUUGUAUUACUAAUUUAAAUGUUUAUGAUAUCAUUAUUAUGAGUUGAUUUAUUCUUUUCGUGACAAAGUUGGUGCCAUCCUUUGGAUUUACUUCUUGUUUGAAAGUUCCUGCAUAGUAUUUCCUCUUUUAGUUGAGAGAGUAUGUCAAAAUAGAUGUAUUUGUCUUCAUGGAGGGAGGGGAGGCAAAAAAAACAUGGUUGGGUUUCAUGAGGGUACUUUGUUUAGGUUAAUUUCAAAGCAUUUUGCCUCCGAUCGAUGGAACUGAAUUUGUGUCUGAGAGGAGGAUCGCAUGAGGUAUUUGAAAAAGGCAUGUACACAAGCAGUGCUUCUAGAAGCAACAAAGUGUUGUCAUGAUUGUACUCCUGACAGAGAACAUGUUCAUCUACUGGUUUGUGCUGCAUCUCUCUCAUAUGUGGUGAUCAGCAGGCAUGCCUUUAAGAGACAAAGAAAAGACUGAGGAAAGUACCAAGGACAAUAAGCGCUGCACCAUGAUCCUUGACAGACGGGAGAGAGAAAGGAACUCUCGUUGGGAAAAGCUCUGUAGCACCAGCAAUAAAAGCCCAACACACUCGCUCAACGCCACUUAAGACAGGGUUCAGCUUUUCUACAAUAGUGGUACGCUCUAAAAGGGAUCCCACAUUUACAGCACAAUGGCCUUUGACCCUGCAGUGAGGCCAGACAUGGGAGUUGGAGGUGGGGGGGGUCCGUGUUGUGGAUAUAUUGAGGGAGUGGUUUGUACACUAAGCAGUAGUAGUGUCCAUGGCGAUGAAAUAAUAAGAAGGCCAAACAUGACCAGCGAGGUGCUUCACCAUACUGUACACGGUGCCUGUGUGUGUGUGCUUGCAUGCGUGUGUGCUCCUUGGUUUAUGUCCCAUCCAGAGAGAGCAACCCCAUCAGCAUGGUUCUGCUUGAGUGGAAAUGCUUGGGCCGGAACAUUCUCCUGGUGUUCUACCCCAGGAUCAUAUGGGAACCCUGUAAUGGGGGUCACCCCAAGCACUGCCAAGGGACACACAGCCUGAAGUGUGUAAUCUCUGAAACACUCUGUAGGGAGCAGGAGAGAGAAGAAGGAGAGGGGAGUUGCUGGUAGACAUUGACAUCAGGACAGGGAGGAACAGUCCCAGCAUGCAUUUCACACCACUCGAAAUUUAGAUGACGCAAGCCAAGCAGAGAAAACAGACAUAGGAGAGGAAAUAUGGCUGUCAGUACCAGUGGAAUAUGGAAAGCCACAAAGCCUUUAGUUGCACAUUUGUUUGAAAAGAACAGGAAAUUAACAAUGUCCUAAACAGAACAACAGAAAGCCAUGACAUCAUUCAGACAGAGCAAAGGGCUCUAAAAACAAAGGCCUUGCUAGUCAUUCAAUUACAGAGGAUUACAAACACCAAGAGACAACUUUAUGGAGAUAGAACGGUUCAGAACUGUCCCCAUGUAAGAUGGCUGACAAAUUGUUCCCUUCUAGAGCAUUGGGGCUCUAUGAAAUCAGCCUCUUGAGUUGUAUCUCUAUGUAUGAGUCCAGCUAUCCAUGCUCCUCCUCUCUAUCCUCACUGAGCACACUACUGACGUAGUGGUAUAGUCUUAUUGAGGUGUGACUGGUGAAGUGGCCAAAGAAGACUCUUUAUUCAUUCAGUCUUGUCUGUGAUUCACCCUCUGAUACUAGUCGGUAAUCUCUGGUAUAGAAUUAGUCCCCUUCUUCAGAGCUCGUUGAAUGUCCGUGGGAUUGGAUGAGGAGGAGCCUUGUUCUUAGAAGACCGCUGAGAGGGUGUAAUAAUAGAGGUUAAGGCCGGGCUUUCUUUAAAUGACCCUGGGCCCUUCUCUUUAAGAAAGGGCUUGGUAAGGUUAACCAGAAGUAUAGUAUGGAUAUACAGGACUCUCCAGUCCCCAAGUGUCUCUGCUCUCUGGCUGCUCACCACUGCUCUCCUGUCUGGUCUCAUUGAGGGGUAUAUAACAGGGUUGGGAUGAGGACACUUCCCAAAGUGAAUACUUCCCAAAGUGAAUACUUCCCAAAGUGAACACUUCACAGGGUUCUAGCGGUCCAAUGGUCUCCAGUCUAUAUGUGAAAAUUAUGCAAUUUUAUUUUCUUGAUUUGGCUUGUGGAUUCAUUUUAUUGUCUGUUGCUCUCUUUUUUUGUACAGUGAUGUAAUUGAAAGACAAAUCGAAAAGGUUGUUUUUUUUCCUAUGUAAAGAACAAAACAUUUGAAAUGUGCAAACUGGGGCGGUGUGUUGAUGUAAUGCACUAGUGUUGUAUCCUUCCCUUGCCAAAGUGAUAUGCAAAUGACAUGGUGUUUCAAAUGUAUUCUUUUUUAAGGCAUGUACAAUGGCUAGAAUAAGCAUGUUUCUACCUGUUUUUAAAAACUCUAUCUUAAAAAAGAAGAGGUUUUUUAGUCGUUGUCCAAGCUGUUGAGAUAAAACGUGUACUAAGUCUUGAUGUCAGGAAUCUCUAAUUUCCAACUCUUUUACAAGUCAGUACCAACUCAAGUAGUCAUUUCUAAACGGAAUAGGGUAGGGUUUUUUACCACCAUUUUGAGAUACUUUGAAUUACCUGCUAUAAAAAAUAGUUUAAAUAACAACACUAAAGAUGUGGAUACUCUGAAUUAUACUUGUGUACUGCAAGACAAAUGUUUCAGGGUAAAUAAACACUACAUUGACAAAAUAGAGGACACAACAUUCCAGAGUAAAUGAAUUAUGAUCUAAUGAAUUAGCUCUGAUGAAAGAAUCAGUGAAGCACUAAGACACAGUAACAUUAUGGGGACUGUGUAGCCCUCUGCUCCAGGUCAACACAUUGAGGGCUACUGCACAUCAUACAGACAGUCUCAGGAAUUAUGCACUUCUAAAUGAUUAGCAAUCUUUUAAAACUCGGUUUUUAUUCAUAUUUCUACAACUAAUUCAACCAAACUUUUCUAAACGCUAUCAGUCAACACCUGCAUCCUUUCGUAAACAGGGAACAGCAUUAGGCUCAAACGGGCACAUAAAGUAUUGUCAAUCAGUACACACAUUAGUAUUAUUACAUAACUUCUUGUAUCCAAGCCUCAACCAAACCCUCUAGCCUGAAACAUUGGUGCUAAUCUACCCUCAUCCUGUGAUGCAUUGAAUCAGUGACAAGGAAGAAGGUAAUUUCCCAGGCAAGUUCAGAUAACGAUUUCCUAGGAGAUGGAAGCAAGGACCUACAGACAGCUCACAACUCUUCCAAUUGGCAGGAACGGACACCAUCUGUGGUGGCAGAGAGCAAACCCUGGAGGUUGUGACACUUUUAAAUACCUGCUGUACCGUCACUCUAGCGCACUACUACCACCAGCGCCACCUGUCCUAACCUCACAUGUAGGGCUGCAUCAAACCAGUGGCAUGGGGGGUGUGGAGAGGUAACAGACCCAGGUUUACGUCAUCAGGUCUGGCACCGCCGACUCUUGAGACAAAGGGACCCGUCUAAACAUUUUAACGAGACCGACUGUGUUGAAAGUUUUAUAAACAAGGGCUUUAUAGUUUCAGCACAGACAGUGUCUUGGUCUCCUUCAUCCCCCUUCACCAUAGAAACAAAAACAUAACAUACCGCUAUCCCAAUAUUUAUCUCCCUAAGAGGACGUGGUGACCCAUGUUUGGUGCUCAAGGACUUAAUCAAACCUUUAUCCUUGUGCCAAUGGGUGAUACGCGGUGCCGUCAACUUCACUAGCCUGAAAGACAAACACAUCAGAACUCUUGCUCAGGAAUAUCUACACAAGGCAACAGCAAACAUGACGUCCCCCCACGAAUGAUGAUACUUGUUACAUUCCUUUAGCAUCCCACUCUCCACUCUGAGAGUCGGAGCCAUGAUGAAGCCAGCUCUGUCUUUUUAUGUGAAGCACAUGACACACACUGAGUCCGAGGCGUCGACGUGCUAGAAGUGCACUCGAUGCACGGAGCUGAUGUAGUCGACACAGACAGCCACAUCGAGCUGGAUUAGGCAUAUUUAUUUCGUUUAUGGGGGCAAUUUCCAACCCUUUAAUCUCUCAUGAUAUCAAUAGUGAUGAGGUCAUUUCAUUCAACCGAGAGCUACUAGAUCUAGUGAGGAGGGGGCUAAGGCUGUGAGGUUUUUCAGAAGGGAAGCUUUAGUGUGGGGAAAACGCCUACUAAUUCGUAUAGCCUACGUGUACCGCAGCAGUCCCCUCACCUGACACAGUGGCCCUUUGUGUCAUAAAGUAGCAUAGUUAGCGAGCUAGAGUUAAACGAUUUACAAAAAGCUUUUGAUUCUUGAUCAACAACACCGCUGCACUGUAAAAUGAACUUCGGCUACCUUACAGGAGUGGUUCUUACGGUUCGGUCAUGAAAAAUAAUACCAAGAAAGUGUUCGGGUAGGAGAGUGUGUUGAGGACCAGGUAAUGUCUAUAUUUGUCUCAGUUGCAACCACAGGGUACUAAAAUGACUGAACGACAGGUAGACUUGUUCUUAAGGAGCAGAAAGGGAAACAUAUUAGCUGUAGAAGAACAUCUAAUUGUUUCAUCAUAGCUCUGUAUAUCUCCAACAUCUACAUGGAUGUGAAAAAAUAUGCCAAGAAAUUGAAAAAAAAACAUUUGUUUGUGAUUAAUGGAAAAUCUGUUGUUUUGACUGCAGAUUUGAUUUUAUAUCCAACUGACCUUAUUUGAAGGCUUCUUAACCAUUGUUUCUGACUUGUGUACUGUAUGUGAAGACUGAAUAAAACCUUGAAUGUUA